CGCGAGCGCGGGCUUUGGAAGGCGGUGGAGCGAGAGAAGACCCUCGGGCGAUCUGAGGCGGGAGCUGGACUGAGGACUGUCCUGGUCGACACUGGACCAAGCGUUAGCUGCCGAGGCCUCGCGCUCCUAAGGCCAGCUGUCACUCCUCUGUAUUGCUAUGGGUAUUCAAGGCCUGGCCAAACUGAUUGCCGAUGUGGCCCCCAGUGCCAUCCGGGAGCAUGACAUCAAGAGCUACUUUGGCCGUAAGGUGGCCAUUGAUGCCUCCAUGAGCAUUUAUCAGUUCCUGAUUGCUGUUCGCCAUGGUGGGGAUGUGCUGCAGAACGAGGAGGGUGAGACCACCAGCCACCUGAUGGGCAUGUUCUACCGCACCAUCCGCAUGAUAGAGAAUGGCAUCAAGCCUGUGUACGUCUUCGACGGAAAGCCGCCACAGCUCAAGUCAGGUGAGCUGGCCAAACGCAGUGAGCGGCGGGCUGAAGCAGAGAAGCAGCUGCAGCAGGCUCAGGAUGUUGGGGCAGAGGAGGACGUAGAGAAGUAUACCAAGCGGCUGGUGAAGGUCACCAAGCAACACAACGAUGAAUGCAAGCGUCUACUGAGCCUCAUGGGUGUCCCGUACCUUGAUGCACCCAGUGAGGCAGAGGCCAGCUGUGCGGCCCUGGUGAAGGCUGGCAAAGUCUAUGCGGCAGCCACAGAGGACAUGGAUUGUCUGACCUUUGGCAGCCCUGUGCUGAUGCGGCACCUGACUGCCAGUGAGGCCAAGAAGCUGCCCAUCCAGGAAUUUCACCUGAGCCGGAUUCUACAGGAGCUGGGCCUGAAUCAGGAACAGUUUGUGGACUUGUGCAUCCUGCUGGGCAGUGACUACUGUGAGAGCAUUCGGGGCAUUGGGCCCAAGCGGGCUGUGGACCUCAUACAGAAACACAAGAGCAUUGAGGAGAUUGUGCGUCGACUUGAUCCCACCAAAUACCCCGUGCCAGAAAAUUGGCUCCACAAGGAGGCCCAGCAGCUCUUCCUAGAGCCUGAGGUGCUAGACCCAGAAUCUGUGGAGCUGAAGUGGAGUGAGCCAAAUGAAGAAGAGCUCGUCAAAUUCAUGUGUGGUGAAAAGCAGUUCUCUGAGGAGCGAAUCCGCAGUGGGGUCAAGCGGCUUAGCAAGAGCCGCCAAGGCAGCACCCAGGGCCGCCUGGAAGAUUUCUUCAAGGUGACUGGCUCACUCUCUUCAGCUAAGCGCAAGGAGCCAGAACCCAAGGGAUCUGCUAAGAAGAAGGCAAAGACUGGAGCAGCAGGGAAGUUUAAAAGGGGGAAAUAAAUGUUUCCCUUCAUUAUACCUCCUUGACCCCAGAAUGUCUGCCUUGGACUCUCAAGAGCUAGUACUAGAGAAACCUCCAUGCGGUCAGGGAAGGGAUUGCAUUGCGCCCCCGGCACUACCUUUCUCAGUAGUGCUUUUCCCUUUUACUUGAUCUUACUUCAGGAAGGCCACAGAAGUACUUUGUUUUCUUCUUUUUUAGCUCAGGAAAGUAAGUCAGGUCAAAUCACCUUUCGGUCAAUUUAAUAGGCACUGAAUCCAUUGUUCCAUAAAAAUGAUAGUAACAAGUUUUGAGGAAGGGAGGAGAGAAUAAAUGGUGGAGACAAAAAACUGUAUGGAAGUGAUUUCCUGGCUGGUCAACUGUUGGCCAGUGAUGGUGGAACCUGACUGUUUCUCUCUGGUUCAGCUUUGACUUACCCUGAAGGAUAGACAGCAGGAAGAUUCAGUCUUACAUCAAUAGGAAGAGUUACUGAGAAAUAAAACAGAUGGAGAGCUGAAGUCCCUGGAGUGGGAGACAUGGGUUUGUUAACUGGCUGUGUGUCCUGUGGUGGGCAGAAACUUGAACUUGUCAUGUAACUUGAAUCUUUAGUUAUUCAGAGGUAUAUGGUGGCUUAGUUCUCAUGCCCUCUCUGAGGCAAUCAGCUGAAUUGGGACUUGAUGCUAUUGUCAUGUGCUAUUUUUGUUUUAAAUGUGUGAGAAGAGUCAAAUAAAAUUAUAAAAGUAUGCAGAA